AGAGGAGGGCUUUAGAGAGAGCCCCGGCGUUCAUUGUUGCCUCAGAGCGACAGACCCGCCGGAGAGUGUGUGUUCAUGUAGGCCUGAGUGUAAUGACUAAAAGCAUCAGACGCCUCAGCUGUUGAUACAGCCCGAGAGUGCGAGCGCGAGAGAGUGCGAGAGCGAGAGAGCGCGAGAGCGAGAGAGUGCGAGAGCAAGCGCGAAAGCAAGCAAGGGAGUGUGCAAGUGCAAGAAAGGGAAGAAGGAAGGAUACCACAAACAUGCUGUGCUGUAUAAGAAGAACAAAGCCGGUUGAGAAGACCGAAGAAGCCGACCAGGAGAUCAAGCAAGAUGGCACCGCCAAACCGGAGGACAAAGCCCACAAGGCGGCCACCAAGAUCCAGGCGAGCUUCCGCGGACACAUAAUCCGGAAAAAAAUGAAGGACGACGACAAGGAGGACGGUCCGGCGGCGGCCGAGGCCAAACCCGAGGAGAACGGCGAGGACAAAACGGAGGAGAAGGCCGCCUCUCCGACGGCAGAGAAGCAGGAAGACGCCGCCAAGGAGAAGGAGAAAGCCAAGAGUUCUGUAAACUCUCCGGUGACGGAGGAGAGCAAGACCGAAGCUCCUGCCACCACCCCGUCAGAACCCAAACAGGAAGAGGCCAAGGAAGCCGAGAAGCCGAAGGAAGCCGCGAGCGCCGAAAACGCCGCUGAGAAGUCCUCGGAGAAUGUAGAGGUCGAGAAGAAGGUGGAGGAGAAGAAGAAGGAAGAACCCAAACAAGCCGACGUGCCUGCCGCCGCCAGCGAGACGGCCGCCAGCGAAGCCGAAGCGAACCAAACGCAAGACAAACAAGAUGGUGCAGAAAACUCCGAGCCUGCAGAGGGCGCCGUCUCAGAGCCGGCCAAGGACGGGGACCAGGCAGAGAGCGCUUAAGAAGACCAGACGUCGUAAAACCAUAUCAGAUAAUUAAACGGCUGCUCUUUCGGCCUCUAAUGGUUCAGACAGUCGGUCCUAAUUCGUUCGGUCCUCUAUAUUUUCUUUCGUGUGGCAAUGAUUUUCUUACAUCUUGGGGAGGGGGGGGGGUCGCGAUUUCCAUACGCAACUUCCAGGCUCGAGCUAGCAGCAAGCGUCCGAGCGAACGCGGCUGCUACGACGGUCGUCUACGUCACCAAAGGACGGGCGGGAACGUUUCGUACUCCGACCCGAACCCGUCCGAAUCCGGUUUGCAUUUCUAGCUAAAAUCCCCACGUUCACGUUUCUGCCUUUUUCCAUUUAGCCUGGUAGUUAGUGCGCUGCUCUUUAUUAGGGAGAAGUAUUACGUGAUUCCCUUUCAGUGUUUUCUCGCGGACGCCUCGUUUCACCGGCGUUUCAUGGAUAGCUUGAACCCAUUUGAGUCAUUUGCAUGGGAAUUUCUCUCCUGAGAGGGAAGAACCUCCUCGCGGUCACGAGUAACCAAAACGUUGUGGCUUUUUUCUCGAUGUCCUCGGUGUUGUUAAUGGCGGUCUGAUGAUUUCGAUUGGAAAAACUUCUGCUCUGAUGUUGAAAUAUGAACGAGAAAAUCCAAACAAAAGAAUAAAAAAAUAUGAAUAAUUAUAAUAAUAUGAAUAAUAAUAAUAAUCUGCCUUUUCCUUUGUUUACGUGAGUGAAUGUCCAGUUUCAACCUAAAAGGAGAUCAAAUGUGGAAAAAAAUAAAAAUUUAAAGUUUCAAUGUCAAUGUUUUCAAAAUAAAGAAAUGUGCCAAUUAUCAUCACAA